ACCACAUGUUUCAUUCCACUUCAAACUUAACACAUUCUUGAUUCUUCUUGUUCUUCUAGCUUUUUCAUACACCAAUGGCAAAGCUAUUCAAUUUUCUUCCUCUUUUCUUUCUCAACAUAUUCAUCAUUGUUACAUUGUUCGAAACAAUUUCAGCUCAAACAGCUACAGCUCCAGCACCAGCAGGACCAUUAAACAUAACACAAGUCCUAGAAAAAGCAGGACAAUUCACAACAUUCAUUAAACUACUCAAAGCGACACAAGUAUCCGAUCGAAUCAAUUCGCAACUCAAUAACUCAAAUCAAGGCCUAACAAUCUUUGCACCAACAGAUAAUGCAUUCUCAAGUCUAAAAUCAGGAACAUUGAACUCGAUAAGCACACAAGAUCAACUUCAACUUUUGCAGUUUCAUAUUUUACCAACACUUUACACAAUCUCACAGUUUCAAACUGCUAGUAACCCUUUACAUACACAAGCUGGAAACAGUGAUGAUGGAGAGUAUCCUCUUAAUGUUACUACUUCUGGAAAUCAAGUUAAUGUAACUACUGGUGUGAUUGAUACAACUGUUUCUAAUACUAUUUAUAGUGAUAAUCAGCUUGCAGUUUAUCAGGUUGAUCAAGUGCUUCUUCCUAUGGCACUUUUCGGACAAGCACCAACCGCUGCACCAGCUGAGGCUCCUGCGCCUACUAAGCCGGAGAAAAGUGUUCGGGCUUCUGGUGCUCCGAAAGGAUCUCUGGAUAGUCCGGCUGAUGAUUCAAGUGCUGUUGGUUAUGCAGUUAAUGGUGUUGCAUUGUUUGUUGCCAAUGUUGUUUUGUCUUGUUUGUGGAUGUAAGUAAGUAUUGGGAUGGUGCAUUUUCAUGUAAUCUUUUAUUUUAUUUUACUUGAGCAAGUUUGAGUUGAUUGAUGAUGCAGAUCUCUUGUAUUCUUGUUAUAAUGUGAAGAAAAUUUUGAGUGUAAUAUAAAUGAUUUUUUUAUUACUGGAA